AUGCAAAAGAAGAUUGCGAUUGUAGUUGGAGUUUUUUUCAUUGGAAUUUUAAAUAUAUUUUGGCUUGCCUAUGAUGGAGAUGUGCAAAACAUCCCGAUUGUCUUGCAUAGAGUUCAGAAAGUCAGCCAGGUUCACAUUGCACUCGGAAAAGAAGAAAACUCAAUUCAAGUUCGUUGCUAGUCAUUUGAUAGAAUUUUUUUCCUUAUAUGCAUGGCAUUUCUCUAAAGUUAGUAGUAACCUUUUUUAUCGUGUGGCGUUCUCAAACAAAAAAGUUAAAAUUCUAUCGUAUUUCAGGAGGUAAAAAUCGCCAAAAAUACCUGAAGAAAUCUCACAUGAAGAAAAAAACAUAAUUUAUUUAGCCUAUUAAUUGGUCUGAAUUGUUGAGCAAGCUAUUCUGAAAUCUAUCUCUAAUUCUGGAUUGCUUGAUCUAAGCAAGCUUGUCUCGUUUUCUAGGAUCUUACGUGAGGAAAAAUGUUACAAUCAAAUGGCACGGAGCCAUUCAAGUUAUGUGGACACUGAAAGAAGAUGGAAAAGACUGCUGAAUCGAUAUGGAUGGAAAGAAAAUUUCUAACUAUCAAAAGGAUAUUUUGGAGUACUUACUCCCCCCCCCCUCCGUGAGUGAACAAAACCAUUAGAAAAAUCGCUAUUUUUUGCCCAAAAACCCACCUUCCCGUGAGUGAACAAAAAUUUUUUUAAUAGAAAAAAUUUUUUAUGAAAAAAAAAAUUUGAUAUAUAAGUGAUAAUUAGUAUAAUGAAAUCUAGAGCUAAUUCUUUUUAAUUUUUAACAAAUUGCGUUUUAAAACAUAAAUUUUAUAAAUUAAAUUAAUAUUUGGUUCCCAAUUUUUGCAAAUUAGGAUUUUUUUAAAAUUUCGAAAAAAAAUUUUUUCUAUUAAAUUUAUAUAUAAAUUCUUUUAAAAAAAAAAAUUAACCCCCCUUUGUGAGUGAACAAAAUUUUUUUUGUUCACUCACGGAGGGGGGGGGGAGUUAGGAAACACUGGAAAACCAUACAAGCGAUUUUUAUACUCUUCGCUGCUAAACAGCCUAGAGCCAGCUACAAUUUAUUCAUAUAAAAUUUCAUGCAUUGUUUCCAACAUAACCAUUUCCUCCCAAAAAUUCUCUUUCAGAUCUCCCCCUUCACAAAACUCUACAAUCACUGCAAUCUCUUUUGCAGAUUUCCAAACAAACUAUUACCCAGACCCAAAAGAUAAAUAUUCUAAAACAAAAAAAGCCAACAUCCUUCCUCAUCUUUAUCAAAUUUCCAAAUCCCUUGAUAAUUAUGAUAUAAUUUUGCAUGCUGGAGAUAUUGCUUAUGAUUUGUGGUCUUACAACGGGCUUAUGGCAGAUCAUUUUAUGGAGUCUAUUGAGCAUUUAUCAUCCAGGUUUCCUUAUAUGACAGUUCCAGGGAGUCAUGAAAGCUUUACUAAUUUCACUCACUACAAAAAAUUGUUCCAGCCACAAAACUCUUUAGGACUCUUUUAUAGCUUUAAUUUAGGCUAUGCCCAUUUCAUCAUGCUUGAUUCUGAAAGCUUUGUUGGCCGCCUCCAUACAGAAGAAAUGAUAGAAAAUCAUAUGAAAUUUCUUAAAGAAGAUUUAGAGACUAACAUCCAGCCAUGAACGAUAGUUAUUUCCCAUAGGCCAAUUUACUGCAACCCAAACCCAUUAUGCAAAGUCUGCACAACAGCUUGCACACAAUAUAGUAGCAUAUUGUCUGGCUAUUUGGAAGACCUGCUCUUCCAAUACAAUGCAACUCUUUGAAUCUCAGGCAACGUUCAUUUGUAUGAAAGGUCAAUGCCAGUUUAUAAAAAUGAGAUUAUGCAAUUUGGAAUUAAUAAAUUUGAAAAUCCUCCAGCGCCAAUUUAUAUAGUAAACGGAGUAGCUGGAAAUUUUGAUACCGAAGAUGAUUUAUCGAGCGUGGGUGAUGAAAAAAUGCCUUGAAAUGUAGUAGCUUCUGAGAGCCUAGGGUAUGGCAAACUAGUGGUACACAAUAAAACGCAUUUAGAGUGAAUUCAAUACGCAAUCGGAAAGACACAGCAGGACAGUCCAGAUAUGAUUGAGACUGCAAGAACUAGGAUUAUUGACGAGUUUUUCAUUAUUAAAACAGAUAAUUAA